GGCAGAAAAGAAGGAGUGCGAAGUAUCGAGUUUCAGAUACAGCACCAGCCACUAAGAAGAGAGCACCAUGUUGCAGACCAGUCAGUACAGCCGCCUGGACUUCAUGAUCUUUGUCCUGUGCAGCUUGAAGGCUACAGCUGCCUUUCCCAACUCCUCUCCACUGCUCAAUCCCAGCUGGGGAACCACAGAUCGUCUGAUGCACCUGUACACGUCUACGGAGAAGAACAGCUUUCACCUACAAAUCAGCCCUGAUGGUUAUGUGGAUGGGACCCCUCACCAAACCAUUUACAGUGCUCUCAUGAUCAAAGCUGAAAACGCAGGCUAUGUGGUGAUAACUGGUGUCAAGAGUGGGUGCUACCUGUGCAUGGACAUCCAAGGAAAUAUCUUUGGAUCACAUUACUUCAAUCAAGAGGACUGUGUGUUUAAACAAAGAACACUGGAAAAUGGAUAUGACGUGUACCAGUCUCCCAAGUACCACUUUUUGGUCAGCCUGGGCAGAGCUAAGCAAGCUUUUUUCCCUGGUAUGAACCCACCACCUUAUUCCCAGUUUUUGUCCAGGAGAAAUGAGAUCCCUCUAAUUCGGUUCAACACACCUGAACCCCACAGGCACACUAGAAAUGCAGAUAUUGAUCCUACGGACCCCCACCAGAUGUUGAUCCCCCAGAGAAAGAUCUCUGCAGUGCAGGCCCUGCCACAACGGUUUCAAAGUAACUUCGCCCACCUGCCCAGAGAGCCCAUGCGAUUCAAUCCAAACGAUGUGGUCAACCCAGAUGACCCUCUUUCCAUGAUGGAUGCCAGGAGGCACGCCAGCCCUCGUUUCUACAUUACAAGAUAGUGGGGUGUUGCUCCACCAUAGACUAGAGACAUGGGUGAAUAUAUUAGACAGAAAGAACUGGCUUGUGCCCUAGAAGCUUUGAUACCCAAUCUCUAACCUUCUUUCACAUGGCCUAUUAGAAACCUGAAAGAUGAAUUUGAGUUUUGUUCAUGAGAAUGACCUGUUACUGGAAAACUGAAUGAUGUAUUUUUACAGAUUGGGCUUUAUGUUACUUGAAAUAAGCUAUAUUUGCAAGGUAAUAAUACAAACCACACAUUGGAGAGUCCAAAUCUCCUCUCGCUUAUCUCAGUGUAAACAGGAAGGAACUCUAUCCAACACUGAGGAAUUAAUUGGAUACAAUUCCUAAUGAGGCCUGAGAGAUUUGGGUCCUACAAUGUCUUAAUUCUAGUGUAGGCAGGGAAAUUCACUUCCAAACCACCCUGCAAACUCUAGGACAAUGGGCACAUAACUGAUUGUAUUUUAUAGAAAACUUCCUUCAAUGUAUUUUGGUUUGUUAAGAUCAGAGUCCAAGUCUCCUUUCACACCAGUGUAAAGCCAAAGUAACUCCACUGAUGUUAAAGGACAGUAAAAUUGGAGUAAUUUUCAGGAGAAUUUGGUCCUAAGGAGAAGGAGUUAGUUUGGAUACAAUAAGAAUUGACCAUGCUGAACCCAUACUGAAAUUACUUUGAGGUCUGGAAAAGCUCUGGCAGUCUUUCACUCUUUUUAUUCAUAAUUCCUUCUAUAUUGUGCUCCCUGCAGUCAGUCAAGGUCCAGGGCAGAAGUGUAGGGAAAUAAAAUAAAGAAAAGUUAUUUUUGCAGUAUUUCCAACCCAGAGAGGAGAAAGAAGUAUCAAAAAUAACAGGUAUGACACAACCGUAUCCACCAGGUUAGUGUUUUUGGUAUGUAUGCUACUUUAUUGGAGAAAAUCACAGUUGCUCAGUUGUGUGUCAUAGGCCCUGCACAGCUCUAACUGGAAAUGGAGAUACUCCUCUAGCUAGAGUCUGUCAGGAUGAGUAUUUUUGGAGUGAAAGACUUGAAUUCUAUCCCAGCUGUUUCCUUGAAGGUCCAGGAGGGUCACAUCAUGCUGCAGAGCUGUACAGGGAAGUCCCUACAUGGCAUUGUCCCUACAUGGCAUUGUUUCCUACAUUAAGUUAUACUUUUAUCUUAAGAUCUGCAAGUAUUGGGAAAAAACCCUCCUUCUCCUGUGAUUUCCAACCUGGUUCAAUCUAGAUGGAUUGGUAAACACUCUAGAUAAGCUCACUUAUCAGAACUGAGCCUCUCUCUUGAGGUUUGCCCAAAGUUAAAAUGUAGUUUUACCAACAGAUAAAUGGAAAAUUCUGGAUGGACAAACCACAAGAAGAGGAGCGGUCUGAUGGAGUUUUUAUACUUUUCUAAAUUUUAAUCUGUUCCCAUAGAUCUGCAAAACAGGAUUGGAAAAGAUCCCACAUAAGGCUCUCUUGUGAUGAGCUUCUUUGGUAUUUCAUGCUUCUGAUAAAGCUAGAAACACUCUUAAGAUUAACCUGGUAAUUUAGCAACCAGUCUCAAAAUAAUUAAGAGCAGGAGAGGGAACAGAUAUGAAAGACAAUUUGAAAUAUGUAUUCCAAACUCCAAAAAGAGAGGCUGGGCUUUAGGUAAAGAUGCUGGUCAAAACAGUUCUUUUUGUAUCCAAACUCCUUAAGACAGCGAAGCCUUACCUUCAGACUGGCUAGAUGUGCUGAAGGGAAAGUACCUGGGAUGCGCCAGGUGCUGUUCUCUUAUGCAAAACAGUCUCUUCUUGGAUCAAAUGAUUAAGUGCAGCAGUGGCAGCAAGUGGCUCCUAUUCCCAUGUUCUUCAAUGUAGUGGAAUCAGGUCCUUUGCACAGAACAUGGAGGCCCCAAACAAACUAUGCUUUGCCUGCAGGAAUAUUUAAGUAUGACUGACUUCAGUGGAGCUCUACCAGGGAUGAAUUAACUCAUCAUCUUUAAACACAAAGAGGGAAAUGAUAGAAACGUUGAAUCUAAGCCCUGCUUUCUUAAUGCUUCUCCUGCUGUUACAAUUGCUUAAGAAACUAGGUGUGAGGAGUACUGGUAAGCACUUGCACUGAGUGGAUUCUGACCAGCAACCUGGUUGGUGCUGUGCAUCCUAAAUAGGUUUCCUAGCUUUGGAAGAGUUUCUGUCCAAAGAUGACUGGGGAGCAGAGCUUCUCAUUCUCUCUAAAUCUGCAGCUGGAGUUAAAUCCACAGAGCUCCACUGACUUCAAAACAGCUACAGUGAUUGGACCAGCUAAGAGUACUGGCCCAGUAUCUAUAUUUAAUGGCUUUACCAUGUCCUUUUUUUCAUGCCUGAUUCUGAUCUCACUUACAUGGGUUUUAAAUCUAUGGAGCUAUGCCAGACAUGCACUGGAAGCAGGGAGAAAUCAGAAGCAGGCUCUACAGGAAAGUCAAAUGUGAUGGAUGUUUAAAAUGAUCUCUUUAUUUUGAAUGUGUGUGUAUUUUCCCCUUCAAGAUGCAGAUUCACCAGAAUGCUUUAUUUAUUUAUUUAAAUGUAUUUAGAUAGCCCCAAGGCAUCCUGAUAACUAUGCAUUAGGCACAGGGGCACCUAGAGCAAUAACAGAAGUGGCAGCAGGCCAGAAUCUGAUCCCACUGUCAAUCCAAAGUCAUGUCAGUAAGGUCAAUGGGGUUACACUGGGACCAGAACUGGUCACACUGUGUCCACUGCCUUGCAUGAAAUGUUUCUAGAUUUAAAGGGGUGGGGGCUGACUGUCCUGCUAUGGUCUUUUACAAAAGCUUUCUCUCCCUAAAAUAGGAAGAGGGAUCUCUGUUUUGAUGCCUGGGCCAGCAAAGCAGUUCAGAGGCUAUUUGCAGUUUAAGUUGGGAGAGACACUGGGUCUGAUUCUCCUCGUAUGGCAGUGUCUUCCCAGGGAGCAAUUCUUGAUUUACAUUGGUAUACGAGAGAGGAUGUUUUUGUUUCAAAAAAGCUAAAUGGGGUCAAAGAGUGAUAAUUUUGUUUUGUUU